CGCUAUGCGCCCCGCCCCCUCCCAGCCCCGUUUCCGGUCUUGCUAAGGGGGGCGGGGGAGGGGUGACGGUCAGAGUCGAGUGGCUGCGCGCGGGCCUGCAGCGACCCGCUCCCCUCGCUCUUGAGGAGGUUCUAUUGAUCUCUGAAGGUCGGGGCUUGAGCCCUGCUGGAUAGAAAAGCUGUCUUUUCACAGCCAUGCUAACUGCGGGAUGAAGCUAGAGGCUGUUGUUGAGCAGCUGCAGAAGCAGCAGCAGCAACAGCAGCAAGGUCCUCUGCAGAUGGAUUCCAGAGAGAGACAGCAGAGGCAAAUGAGAGAAGCCCAGCUGCUUUAUACUCAGCAGCUGGCAGCACAGCAGGCUGUUCUAGCAGCCACAUCUGGCAGGGCUUCGGGCAGCCAAGCACUUGGUCCUUUGGCCAAAGUUCCACCUGUAAUUGGGGCCACCCGAGCUUUUGAUCAGAGCAGUGUGACCUCAGAACCGGAAGAGGAUGAAGAAGAGGAUGAAGAGGAAGAGGGUUUGGAAGAUGGAGAUCUUGAGGAGGACACUGAAAUGACUGGGAAAGAUGCCUGUUCUACUUUGAAGUAUUUUCAUUCUCAAAAAGUUGCCCAUCACAACCAAAGAGUGGCUGCUACUUCGAAUCCUCUUCCAACCCCGGGACUUCAGCGGGGACAGCAGGAAAAGGAGGAGCAGGGUAAAGACACUACUAAACAAUCAUAUUCUGGUUCCCCAUCUGGGCGGCAGACCUGGAGAAUGGAUGAGCAGCUCAAGCAGAAUGGAAGUCUGACUUGGAGUGAAGAAGCUGACGGAGGCCGAGGAAGAGAAAUCUCUCGAGAUUUUGCCAAGCUGUACGAACUGGAUAGUGACCCUGAACGGAAGGCGUUCCUGGAUGACCUCUUCAUCUUUAUGCAAAAGAGAGGAACUCCCAUCAAUCGGAUCCCCAUCAUGGCGAAGCAGAUCCUGGAUCUCUAUAUGCUCUACAAACUGGUGACUGAGAAGGGAGGGCUGGUGGAAAUCAUAAACAAGAAAAUAUGGCGGGAGAUCACCAAAGGCCUUAACCUGCCCACCUCCAUCACCAGUGCAGCGUUUACACUUCGGACCCAGUAUAUGAAGUACUUAUAUGCCUACGAAUGUGAGAAGAAGUCCCUAAGCUCUCCUGCCGAGCUGCAGGCUGCGAUCGACGGCAACAGGCGGGAAGGCCGACGGCCCAGCUACAGCUCCUCCUUGUUCACUUAUUCACCCACUGCCACGGGGCCUCCUUCCCUCCUGUCUCCUCCAAAGAUUCGCUUCCCGAUCAUUGGCCUGGCCCCAGGCAGUGGAACCAGCAACUCCCGUCUCUCUCCAGUGGCAGCUCUUAGGAAAGGCGAUGGCAUCCCCCUGACUGUGUCCAUGCCAAAUCGCAUUGCCAUGCCAGUAUCCUUGGCUAACCAGCAGGCAACUGUAGCAGCAAGAACAGCCACUCUGGAACAGCUGAGGGAGAGGCUGGAGGCUGGAGAGCCACCGGAGAAGAAACUCUCGCGGAUGACGGAGGAGGAGCAGCGGCUUGUCCAGCAGGCACUUCAGCGCAACCUGUUCAGCAUGGCGCGGCAGAUCCCCAUGAAGAUCAAAAUCAAUGGCAGGGAAGAUAAACCAGAUGCCACGGCGGCAGCAGCAGCAGCAGCAUUGCAUUUGUCACCCAGCGGCAUUGGGAGUAUUAACAUGUCUGUGGAGAUUAACGGCACAAUCUAUGCUGGAGUACUGUUUGCCCAGAAGCCCGUCGUCCAUCUAAUUGCAGGAUCCAGCACCCAAAGCACCUGCAGUAGCAGCAGCAGCUCCCACUGCUCCCCUAGUCCAACCUCAUCCAGGGGCACCCCCAGCGCAGAGCCCUCAACCAGCUGGUCUCUCUGAUGGAUGGGGGAGCGGGCUCUCUCUCUCAUUGGCUUCAGGCAGCUCUGCCCUCUCCGUUCAAGGCAGAGAGCGAGCCAGGAAGGAGUCGCACAGAUUACCUCAUCUCAAGGAACCUGCUUUGCGGUUGGUCAAUGGCCAGAUGAUGAAACCUUCUGUGCUGGCGCAUUUGCAUUGCCUGUUUGUCCAGCCUUUUUUAUUAUUUUUUCAGGUUUGACUGUGUUCCUGCUGGGGGGUUGGGGUGAAGGGAAGGGGACAUGGGGCAUUUUUCAAUCAGGGAUUAUCUCUAGGGGCUCUGGGUUUGCAGAUGACUGAGACAUCAUCAUGGCAGGUGGAAGGAGCAAGGAGGUAGUAAUUGGGGUGGAGGAAGGGUUCCUGUUCUCUAAUCAACAGAUGUGUGAACUUCCCUAUCAUAACACAGUUUAUUGACAAUCCUACCCCCAGAGGGACUUUGGUCUCCUUUCCCCAUAUAUUUGUUCCCUCUUGCGGUCACUUGCAGAGCAGUCGUGCAGAUUGAUAGUGAGCAAGUCUCAUCUGGUCACCCAUUCUGUCUCCACUGUGUUCAGCCUCCUGAUGCUGUCUCCUUUGUGUUAGACUAGGCUGAAAGGCAAAUGGUCACUGAUGCUGGAUUCACAGGAGACUUGCAUGACUUCUUCCUCCUUUGGCAACUACCUCUCUAGGGUCCUGGCAGCACACAGAGGACUCUCCCACCUCUGUAUCUGAUGCACGGAGAUGGAGAAGGUCUUUUAGUCCAGCUAGUCGUCUCCCAUGGCCAGUGCAAGCCUGGACCCUACUGUUUUUUUCCAGGCCUUUGCCCAGCCUAGUUUUAAAUGCCCCAAGCAGUGGCCCUUGCACUGCUUCCCUUGGGGGAGCAUUGGACAGGCUAAAUAAACUCACCACUGAAGCCUUUAUCCUGAUAGUCAUCCUGACUUUUCUUUUGCUUGAUGUCAUCCCUUUGCUCCUAGUUCUAGCCCCUUGGCCCUCGAUAGAACUGGGUUUGCACCAAAUGGUGAUUUCCUGCAGCGCUUCCUCUCCUGUAUGUUUCAUUAGCCUCUCCAUCCUGUCCCCACACAGACAUGUCGGCUACAGGCCACUGUCACCCAAAGGAGAUACGAGGUGACACUGACAAUCUGCUGAGCUGUGUGUGUCUAUUCAUGUAAUACACGCUUUUCUCAGUUGGGCUCUUACCAGGUAUCUUGGCGCAUUGGCCGAAUCACAGCCAUCGUUCAUGAGGCUCACCUGGGCAAAAGAGACAGAAGAGCCGGACCUGGGACAGCUCCACAUGGGUGCAUCCCAGUUGAAUGAGGACACGGGCCUCUGGUUGUGGAGAGAGGGAAGAAAAUCUCCCCCCAUUCCCAGUAAAUUCCCAAUGGGUGGAGCUAGCGCUGCUUUAGGCCAUCAUUCCUCCUUUGUCAGCCAAGUUAGUUCCUUGGCUCACUUCCAUAGACCCAGCUCUUUGCUGCUGCACUCCUCUCACACAGGCACCCAUGCUGUCCUCUUCCCUCCCGCAGCACAUAGGACUGCCCGGGCGAUGUUCUCUCAGCCUGUGGAUCUGAGCCCUCCCACUCCCGCCCUGGUGAUGUCUCUUCCAUCGUGCAGGCCUGAGUCAGGUUCUUUUGAGCAGAUGAAAUACCUCAGAUAUGGACUUGUUAUUGUGUUACCUCUUCAGGAAGUAUUGGCAUAUCUUAAAGCUUGUUUUUAUAUGUGUUUUGCUGACUUUGUUUUUAAUUUUUAUUUUUUAUUGUAGCACCAAAGACAACAAAGCUGAGUGAAGGAGCAUGUGGCUUCCCUGUCCUUAGCAUAGCCUGGAGACAGUUCCAGCAGCAUUGACCCAGGAGCUGGGCAUGCGGACAGGGCGAUAGAGGAGGACAGGUGCAGGUAGAGAAGGAGUAAGAGGGCAGAUUUAUUUCUCAGGCUGGCUUGAGUUUCAGGAUUUCCCCUCAGUGUGAACAGUGGGGUGUCCCCAGAGGGGGACAAGUGGUCCCAAUGUUUGUUACAGAACUCUGUGAUCUACUACUGGGCUUGUCUUUAGCAAGUUUCAUUAGAACAGCUUUGAAGAUAACAAUCCUGUCUACACUACAGAUUUUGCUAGACCUCUUACAGCACGGCAGUUCCUGACAUGUUAAAGUACAGUUCACUCUUCUAGUGUGGGCAGGACCAGACACCUGAAUUGUGCUGCAGCUUUGGAUUUUACUGGUAGGAUUCGGUCACAUAGAUAAAAAUACACCUGAGUCCUGUUUAUGCAAUGAGACCAAACCACGUUGUGUGCUACUGUAUUGUACCCAAAUGGUGCAUUGUGGUAGUUUUUCAUGGAGCAGAUAGGACCUAAAUACUGGAAGGUGUUCUAGAUUCUGCUUUCACUUAUGUUGUAAAAGCCUAUGUUACCAAACUCUGCAACCAUCCCCAUAUUUAGGGGGUUGAUAUACAAUUUGGUAACACAAGUCUAAACCACAUUGUAACUCUCUUCACAGGCAAGAUGAUCAGCUGGCUAGAAAUUAGUUUGUUAUAGCCUGGUCUGUGGGCUGUCAUGUUACCACUGAAAUGGUCAGUGUGCGGUGCCCUUUCAGAUCUGUCUGUACUUGGAGCAGAGACGUGCUAGCUCCCACCAUGUGUGUGAAAUGUUAUUGCUCGCAGGGUUCUAGCACUGUUUCUUUGAACAGUGCUUUUUCAGAGAGUCCUGCUGCAGACUGAUCCCCCUCAGCAAUCUAUUGGACGGUUUUCAAUCAUAGUUCUAAGGCAACAGACCCUGAUAGCAACAGCCACGCAUCACAUGGUCAUAGCUAACCCAGUUCUGCUCCCGGUGUCUACAGAAUCCAAGGGCUUCUCUGCUCCACACAGGCAAGCAAUCAGUGUUGGGGGAUGGCCUAACAGUCACCCAGCCAUGUUAUCACUCAAUUGGCUCUUGCCUGUGUAGAUAGGACAGAACCAUUUUACCAGAUUGGUAUUACAGCCCUCUGAAGGCAAGGGACCUGAUUCUCCUCCUACUUAUGCAGGUGUAAAUUAAGAGUUAACUCAAUUGAAGCCAGUGUAAAACUAGUUUGAGAUGAGAAUCCAGCCCCGGGGCAACUGAACAACUUAGUGACGUUGUUAGAACACCCAACACCUCGAGGCAAGACCAAACUGUGCAUUAAGAGCUUUGAUGGACUAUAAUACUAGGAUAACUUACCUCAAGUCAGCUUGCCUGCACAGCUGGACAUUAAGCCAUUGCACAUUUUCCCCUCUCUCCAGCCCAUAAGUGUCUUGGACACCUCCCCUUAGUCCUAAAGUGCGUUUAAGUAAGAGCUUAUCAACUGAUCCAAGGUUCUCUGUACUGAAAUUGUAAGGUACCACUUUGGGAGCCAGUCUGGGGUCAGGCUGCUGGAGCAAGCUCUGAACUGUGAACAAAGCACCUUCUGACGUCAACAGCAUUUAACCUCAGAGUGGGGGAUGCACAUGGGGCCUGAGCCAAAGCCCACUCAAGCUAAUAGGGAGUUUUUCCACUGACUUCAGUAGACUUUGGAUCAGGCCUAUUAUAAAAAAACUGGAGGUAACUUUAUCACAAAUUGUUUAAAAGAGUAUUUUCCCAGUGAUAGGUGGCUAACAAAUAAAUAACCUCAGUGUAACAAUUACUGCGGGCUGCUCCUAGAGGGAGGGUGUCCUACCUGGCUGGUGAAAUGGUAAUUUCUCUCCUGGUGAAAUAUUCCAAGAAAACUGUGAUGCUCCAUCUUCAUAUCUACUGUGUAACAUAUUACUAGGGUGACCAGAUGUCCCAAUUUUAUAGGGACAGUCCCGAUAUUUGGGGAUUUUUCUUAUAUAGGCUCCUAUUACCCCCCACCCUCUGUCCCCAUUUUUCACACUUGCUGUCUGGUCACCCUACAUAUUACAGAAAGGGAGCCCUGUCCCCCAGAAGCAGCAGCAGCAGUGCCUUUGUGGGCACCGGCAAAUCCCUUUGGUCCCAGAAUGCUCUGCUUCUUCGUGAUAUAAUCCAUUACCACUCAUGGAAAGAGCAUCUACCAUAGAACAGGUGAUCAGACUCUGAACAGUAAAGGCCAGGCUGGAGACUUUUAGAAGCCCAAGGGCCGGAUCUGAUUUGCAUGUACAAAUUUAAUUAAUGUGGUUUGGUUAAUUUCAAUUUAAAGCUAAGUACUCCCAUCCCUUACACUCAGUCAGACUUGAUGGUGAACAAGAAUCACUUACUGGUUGAGUUCAUCAGCAAUAAAACCCUGCAAUGGACAAGCUUUUUCCUCAGCUUGAUGCUCCAGUAAGAGUGGUGGCAUUUUCGGCCUCAGGAGGCCCACAGUUUUGACCCCCCGUUGUGGGACGCUCCCCUGCCUGUGUGUAUUAGUUUAUAUUGUAUGGCUUAGUUGGUCUCAUUAGCAGACACUGUGACUUAUUUUUAACCGGCAAUCAAAUUAUUUAUAAUGCACCUGUCUUGAGGCAUUCUGCCUUGGGGCAUCCUCUCUCCUAUUGCCUUCAGUGGAAGCUGUAUGCACCCGUGCAUUUGUGGGGACCAGACUUUGGCCCCGACGCAUUUGUGAAUCUUGCAGACCUCCAGGGCAUUUCAUUGUCUCAAACUCUGAGAUUUUUCCCAGAGUUGGGAGAACCUUUAUAAUUGUCCUGUUUCUUUUUUGGGGGUGGGGCUGGGGAUUAUUUCCCAAGGAUAGGGCUAGAGGAUAUCUGCUUUUCCGUAUGCUUUCUUCUCUUGUCCUGGGGAGCAAAGGUUAAUAUUGGGUGUUUUGCUUGCGUAUCAUGUGCUACCAUUGUGUUUUCUUGCACAGAAAGCCACUCGAAUCACUGAACCGAUAAACUGCUUUGACACUACUAGAGUAUUAAUGUUUAUAAGCUUUACACAGCUAGUCUGGAAAUAGGCAGGGACUAACAGAUUGGUUUUUAUCAAAUUCAGGGAAAGAAUAAAGUUGGGAUGUAUAACAGAUACCUCAGUAAAAUAAGCUGCAACAAUAAACUAUUCUCUUUCAUUAGCUGGCUACAAGGAUCAGCCAUUCAGACUGUGAAUACUAACCCUUUCCCUAGCCUGAGCUUGAUACUAGCACUUGGCUUGAUGCACAUUUUGCUUAGAUCCAGAUAUUCCUGCUGAGCUGCCAGGUUUUAGGGAUAGGGGUAUAGAAACCAGCACCAGAUACAGGGUGGAGGGCUGGGAGUGGGAGCGUGUCUCCUCAGCUCCAAUCCAUUUAACUAAGAAUGUUGAAGAUUGUAUGGCACUCAGGGGUUUUGAUAUUGCAGGAAGGACUGUUCCUGGUGUGACAUGUUCCGUUUUGCAGUGUGUCUAAUCAUCUUGAAACUCCAGAGCAACUAGGGUCUCGCAACAAGCGGCCAAAAGGGCCUAGCUGGAGGCAAAGGCACAGUGGGCCAGCAGCAGCCAAGCGCUCCGUUUUCAGAAUGAAGUGGGUGCAGAUGUGCUGUCUGGUUUCCAAACCAGGUCCGCAUAGAGAGCCACCUCCUGUCCUCUUACAUUCUAUACCAGCGUGUUCUGGUAGUGCAUGAAGAUUGAAAGGACGGAGUCCAGCUCAGAAAUAAGCCUCAAACUGCACAGGCUGAGCUGUUAGCAAUCGGAUCCUGGAACAAAUGUGAAUGUGUCACACAGUCCUUUGGUUGCUGUGUAUGAUCUCCAAAUGGAUUCAGACCAGAAGACAUUUUAACUGAAUAGCAGCAGCCUUGCUACUAGUUUUGUUACCUAUUUAAAAAAAAAAUGUGAUAGCCUAGGCAGUGAAUAAAUACCUCAGACGUCUGCUUCCAACAAGUGUCUGUAUAUGUUGUUGUUGGGUUUUUCUAUCUUACAUGUUAUCUGAAUGUUUAUAUUCCAAUAAACUUCUACCUCUUCA